UCUACUACAAUGCUUUUUUUUCUGCUCUCGCUAGUUUAUAGCACUGAUUUAUCAAGUAACGAAAUCAUCAUUGCCUUUUUCACUCUCUAUGUAUUAUACACUGUAAUUCGGUCUGUCUCUAGUUUCGAGAUUUCCCACCUCGGUUCACCGUGCAUGAGGUCAACUGGGCCCGCAUCCUUCCGAGUCACCGGUGCACCGAUACCGCCACGACAACAACAACAACAACAACCAGUCAUGUCACAUCCGCUCAACAAUCCGAACCCAACUGCCCGCCUGCCUCCGAUCCUUCUCUUCAUCGUCGCCGUCCAGGAGAACCGGGCCGGUCUCGCCGCCUCCUCCGUUCGAUUACUGGCUCCGACGGAGGCGAUCGCCGUCGCCAAUAUCGCACUACGACUACCGAUGCGUUCCGACGUAUCGCUGACCACCGCCCGUAAACUUACUCCGGCUCUCCACUCGCCGAGAGUCUCUCCGAGCCGAGAUGAGCCAGCCUGGAUCGCCUCGUCGAGAAGACUCGCGGAGCUGCUUUCUCAGCUGACCGUGUAACGGAUCGCAUGGCACCUGGACCGUAUCAAAGCUGAAGGAACGAUCGUCGAUCGGUCGACAAGUCGGCUGGAGGGGUGGAUUCGGUGCGGAUCGACUACCGGGUCGUCGGAUGGCGCGGCGUUGCGACGCCGCAUUGCCUCGGCAUUAUAUCUGUACCGCCGUGAGGCGCGACGCUCUUUAUAUGCCUCGUAAAAUAGUAUUGUGGCUGUAAUAUAAACGUGUAAUCCUAGGCACGUGUGAGGUGAUGUAGCCUUGCGUGUGGCCCGUUAAUUCUUAUUCACAAUCCUGAAAAUUUUCUCAUUUUAAGGCACGAGGUACAUUUUCCACACACCUGGAAAAUCUGGAAAACCUAGAAUUUUAUGCGGAUUUUUAAUUUGUUCUUGGGAAAAACUGAUAAUAUCGGUUUUCCGUCGUGGAAAUUAGAAAUGAUUUUUUGAGCUAACAAAUUUACGUUUUCUCUCCCCGAAAACAAAUUGACUUUUUAAAAUUCAC